GCUCCCAACGGGAACAGCGGCAGCAACUCCUGGGAGGAAGGCAGCUCGGGCUCGUCCAGCGACGAGGAGCACGGUGGCGGCGGCAUGCGGGUGGGACCCCAGUACCAGGCGGCUGUGCCCGACUUCGAUCCCGCCAAACUGGCAAGGCGCAGUCAAGAACGAGACAAUCUUGGCAUGUUGGUCUGGUCACCUAAUCAGAAUCUUUCAGAAGCAAAACUGGACGAGUACAUCGCUAUCGCCAAAGAGAAGCACGGGUACAACAUGGAGCAGGCUCUUGGGAUGCUUUUUUGGCAUAAGCAUAAUAUUGAAAAAUCAUUGGCGGAUUUGCCCAACUUCACCCCCUUUCCAGAUGAAUGGACUGUAGAAGAUAAAGUCUUAUUUGAACAAGCUUUUAGUUUUCAUGGGAAAACUUUUCACAGAAUCCAGCAAAUGCUUCCUGAUAAGUCCAUAGCAAGUCUGGUGAAGUUUUACUACUCUUGGAAGAAAACAAGAACUAAAACCAGCGUGAUGGAUCGUCAUGCUCGGAAACAAAAACGGGAGAGAGAAGAGAGUGAGGAUGAACUGGAAGAAACAAAUGGAAGUAACCCCAUUGACAUUGAGAUUGAUCCAAACAAGGAAAGCAAAAAGGAGGUGCCCCCUACAGAGACAGUUCCUCAGGUCAAAAAAGAAAAGCAUAGUACACAAGCUAAAAAUAGAGCAAAAAGGAAACCUCCAAAAGGAAUGUUUCUUUCCCAAGAAGAUGUGGAGGCUGUGUCUGCUAAUGCUACUGCUGCAACCACGGUGCUGAGACAGCUGGACAUGGAGUUGGUCUCCAUCAAACGACAGAUUCAGAACAUCAAGCAGACGAAUAGUGCUCUUAAAGAAAAGCUUGAUGGUGGAAUAGAGCCGUACCGACUUCCAGAGGUCGUUCAGAAAUGCAACGCGCGAUGGACUACAGAGGAGCAGCUUCUCGCUGUUCAAGCCAUCAGGAAAUAUGGGCGAGAUUUUCAGGCAAUCUCAGAUGUGAUUGGGAACAAGUCAGUAGUUCAGGUGAAAAACUUUUUUGUAAAUUAUCGGCGCCGCUUCAACAUAGAUGAAGUUUUACAAGAAUGGGAAGCAGAACAUGGUAAAGACGAGACCAAUGGACCCAGUAACCAGAAACCUGUCAAGUCCCCUGAUAGCUCCGUCAAGAUCCCCGAGGAAGAAGAUGAGGCUGCUUCUGUCCUUGACGUAAGAUAUGCAUCUGCCUCAUGAAAACUGCUGGUAGCUUUGAACACUUGGUAUGGACGACAUGUUAUCCAGAUAUCAGAGGUAAAAGCUCAUUUGCAGCAACUGUCCUUGGACAUUGUAGCUUAAUGGGAACGUGGACCUCAAUGCUUUCUGCCUCCGACCUUCAGCAUUGGAAUCCCAGGAUGUGGGUGCACCCCAUCUCUUGAUUCCCCAGCUACCACUAUCAUCACCCAACUCGGAGAGAUUUGGUUCAUAUCACUGUACCUGGUGCUUGUACAUUUGGAAUUGGUGCCUUCUCCUUCUGGCAACCAUGUUAUCAAUCGCUUUUCUGUUCAAGUGUCUUAUUUAAAGUUUAUUGCUUGCCAAAGAUGACAUCAUUGAGGUGUAGCAGAUGGGGAGAGCUUCUGCAGAUUUGACUCGAAAUGUCAGGUCAGCUCAGUAGAGGACAUGAGGGGAGCGAGGAUGGUUUUCUAGAUGCUACACACCAUUAGCUCUCGUUUUCUUGGUGUGCCUGGCCAUUGUAUGUCACUCCAUGUGUCCUUUUGUGUCAUUUGUGUACUAGUGUGAUCAUACACACACCGUCCCCUCUCUUUUAGCAGCAGAUAGGACAGAAAAGUGAUGGAUGUGUUGCUUAGUGAGACCAGGAUGAGAAGAAACAAUCUACAGAGUGGUAUGUGAUGCCAUCUGUUUAGACUGGGAACAAGCAAAGAUUUCUGAUAAAUGUUCUGAGAUUUCCAGAAUCACUUUUGCUCUCUUACCAGACUGUGGGCCUGCAGGGGGUUGAGGAGCAGCCAGUCAGACAGCAUUCAUGGCCAGUUGAGACUGGACUAACCAUGUGGAAAUAUCUUGCGUUGUUGUUUGCAGUGUUUGAAUAUUUUUUCUGCUUUCAAUACCAAAAAGAAAAAAAAAAAGUAGAUGCUUUAAGGUAUGAACGGAAUCCUUAAGAGUUUAAAAUAUGCAAUUAAAAUUCGAUGCUUUUACUCCUAAGCACCUUCCUUUUUCUUUUUUUUUUUUUUUUUUUUUUUUUUUUUUAAAGUUAGCUGAUUUUCUCUUCAGAAAGAGGUUCAGCUAUAGAAAUCUAGAUUGGGGGUGGGGUGUACAUUCUUUCUGAAAAGUCUGGAGAAGGGUCAUUCCAAAGGAGAGUACAAAGGGACUUUCUUCAUCCUGUCCCACACCAGGUGCCCAUUGGUCAAGAAGAGCCUGUGGAGCAGUGCCGAGGCACAGCCCACUGUCCUGUGUAGGAACUGGUAACAGAGUAACACUAGUAACAAGUCAGCUUUUCUUUGUGUUUUUACCAUAAACCUGCUGUGUAACAGAAAGGGGAAGGAAAACAUGAUGGGGUCAGGCGUCAGCCUACACUUUGCAUAUCACUCACAGGGACACUAAGGCUCCUGAUAAAGCCCCGCUCACCUAGCUUUUGGCAUGUCCUGUCUCCAGUGAGCAGAAGCAGUGUGGGUAGUUGCUACAAUGACUUUUUCGUUCUGCCAGUGACUCUAUAUCCAUCUUUGUGCCCGGGCUACUUUCCUUAAGAUUUGCUCUCGGCAGUGCUUAGACUUGAUGAUCCUUGGACAGUGUGGUAAGCAGAGCCAGGCACCAGGCUCAUUCUGUACUGUCUCCUCCUGGUUCCUAGCACUGAUGGCCUCCAGCCGUGAAGUCCCGUGAAGUCAGGCAUCAGAAUGAUUAUGGUCAGAGGAGCUGGUUUUGGCUUUUUCUCCAAGGGAAAGAGGCAUACCAUUUUCAUUUGACAAAGGGGAAGUGGUCUUUGCCUGGCUGCUGUUGGAAUGGUCUUCAUGUUUUAAACGUUUCAUGACACAGUCUGCAGUGAUGUAAAUCCAAGAAAUCACUUAGCUUUCAAAGCUGAGGGCUCUGGUCUUGAACUGUGACUGUUCAACAUGUCAAAAAUUAGGUGUAUCAGCAGGUUAGGUUUGGACAUGAUGCCUGCUUCUGAUGGAAUGUCACUUAAGCUUUGUGUUCUUAAAAAUUAUCAAUGUGAAUGUCAUAAUUAUAUAUUUUUGUGGGAAAAUCUUCUAAAUAUAAGUUAUUGUGCAAAAUAUAGUAUCAUGGACACAAAUAAUAGUCUAACUUUUAGUUUAGAGAUCCCUAAAGAUAUAAACUGUAUUGCAUAUGCAUUAAAAGUUUGUUUUAUUUAAUUUUAUGUAGACAUGUAAAGUGUUUAGGUAAUUCUUUUUGCGUAUCCACUUUUUAAACACCCUGUUACUUGAAUAUUGUGUUGACUGGUCAGCAGCAGUGAUCAAUUCUGUAACAUAGCUCUUUAGCUGGGUUCCCCAUGCCUGGGUUGUGCUGAUCAGUGUAGUGGUGUCACAGCCAGGUGCUGUAUCAGCAGGAGCAGAGGUUUGUGUAGCACUCCCACUGCCUCUUUGUUUGUCAAGACGGCUCCCUAAAGACGGCUUUUGACAGUUUUUAUAAGACCCACCCAAUGAUGGUCACAAACCUUAAUCAACAAACAAAAGGCGAAAAGCUUAGUGUGGUGGUCUAAUUAAGCAGUUAUUUUCUGUUUAUAUACAAUUUCCUCAGUACUACACACCACUCUGAGUGAGCUCAUUGUCACUUUAAAAUUGCAAAUAUACCCUGCUUUUAUCUUUCUGAAUAUCAGAUGUACUAUUGGUAUAAUUGCACACCAAAAAUAAGCCCAACAGUGCAUUACACUAACUGGAUCCCUGCUUCCAUGUGAGCAAAGGAAAGACAGAGCAGAGCCUGUCUUCCUCUCGUCUCUAUCCUGUUUGUACACCUAGUGACCCAGGAUUCAAAUUUUUAGCAUCAAGUCAACUUUGCCUCAGAUUGACUAAAGACAGUUAGAUCAUCCGAGCCUAAUGACGGUGUGCAAUGCUCCUCCCGCCACUCCCUGGGUCUUUGCAGCUUCUCCUCACUGUAGUAAAGCACAAUUGCAGGAAGUUACAAUUCAGAAGGAAGGUCAGUAGAGUCUAUGCAUGUUGUAAAAUAAUGAGUGUUUACAGUCACCUUCUCUAAAAUGAAAAUUUAUACUGGAGUGGAUAGCAUUCCAUUAUGUAGACUUAAAACUUUGCUAAGUGCUUUUUAGAUUGCUUAAAAGUUUUUCAAGAUUUUAAAAGAUGUAUAAGGUUAAGUUUGCAAAUAUAACGGAAAUGCUGUAUAUCUUUUGGAGUGAUAAAAUUCAUGUUAAAAUUUUAAAGAAAAUAUGUUGUAAUAAUGCUGUUGUAAGUAAUAUUUCCAUGUCUCUCUUUGCUUGUUUUCUAGUUCAGCACAGUCAUUGUGGUGAAUGUCCAUAGCAUUAUAACUGCUUAGCCAUUGGAUUAUAACAUUUGUUAGUGGAGAUUGGGAAAUUUAUUUGUGAAAUUCUGCAGAAUUCAUUUUUCUAUUUCCAAUAUUUGCUGAAGUUAAAUAAAAAUUUUCAAGCCAUUGAUGUAAUA